AGGCGGUUAUGCCAGCUUCAUCACGGCCACGAUCGGCACCUUGUUCGGUUGAUUGGUGAAAACACCCACCACGCCGGCUGCAUACCAUGGAUUCACACUCGCUAGCUCCAGCCAGAGCAUGCGACGGCGAUGUUCCAAAUCAGCCAUUGUGGACGAAACGCGAUCAGAUGAUUCGUGCGUCGAUCAAUCCAGAUUUCAGAGGCGCUUUCUUCCACGACAUCUGGCCUGCGUUACAGAGUGAAUACAAAGUCAUGAUGAGAGGAUUGAAGGAAUUUUGCGAAAAUGCCCUCAAGCAUGAAGGUAUUGCUGGCCAAGUCACUGGCAGAAUCAAGACGGUGGAUUCCAUCCAGAAGUCACUCGAUCGGCGCGAAAAGGCACGCGGAGAGCAAAACCAAUUCAAGAGUCUCUCCGACAUCUUCCAUGAGAUUCAUGACCUUGUCGGGCUCAGGAUUGUGCUGGAAUUCCCCGACGACAUGGAGCGAGCCGUAGGUUUCAUCAAGAAGGGUUUUCGGGAGGAGAGGGAGCCAGCUAUCUUCCGUCCUGAUCGUGAAGUCGGUCGAUUCUGGAAAACAUGGUUUGGUGCCUACCAAACCCGCAAUUACCGUCUCAGCCUGGAAGACGGGAAUUGUGGAACCCUCUCUCAGUUCUGCAACGUCAUGUUCGAGAUACAGCUCACGACUAUCGCAGAGAGCCUGUACAACCGAAUUGCGCAUCCUCUGUUGUACAAGUUUUCCUCCGGGCCUCAUACUCGCCAAGAUGAGAUUGUGAUGGAUAUGUCUCACGGUAUCUCUCUCUGCUAUACACUCUGCCUGAUGUAUAUGAAGGAGAAACUGGGGACAUGCUCCGCCAGGGUGGGCAACAAUGAUGAGUUGGUGCCGGCAAGCGACAUUCUCGAACAUCGGGCGGCAAGUUCCGUUGUCAAAGACGGUUCUAGGUUCCACGACAGUUUGAUAAGAGGCGCCUACUUCGACACCACUUCCCCACAAGGUCUUACGAAAGCACUGGAGAUUCCGCCGGAGGGAGACAACUCCGUUGAUGAUUUUAAACGGUGGAUCAGCGCGAAGAUAACUGGUGUCCUUGACGAGAUACGCUCGAGUUCACAGACAAUCCGCGAUGCCGUCCUUUCCAAGCUCCCCAUUGCAAAGGAUGCUGCCUUUGACUCCCAUGCUGAUGAGCACGAUGCGCGAUGUCACCCCGAUACCAGAGUUGACCUCCGGCGGGAGAUAAUGUCAUGGGCGGACGACCCAAAGGGCGAAUGCAUCUUCUGGCUGAACGGCAUGGCAGGGACUGGGAAGUCCACCAUAUCACGCACAGUCUCCCAGUCGUUCGCCGACAAUGGAGUUCUUGGUGCUAGUUUCUUCUUCAAGAGAGGCGAGCGCGACCGGGGUAACGCGGCGCUGCUGUUCCCAACCAUUGCCUCUCAGCUUGUCGUUAAGGAGCCUGCUGUGGCAGCACACAUCAGAGCUGCCAUCAAUGCCGACCCACACGUCACAGAGAAGCCCCUGGAAGAGCAGUUCGACAAGCUUGUUUUGGAGCCGCUUGGGAAGCUGAAAGGCGACCUAAACAAAUCAAGGACUAUUGUACUCGUCAUCGAUGCUCUUGACGAGUGCGACAGAGAUAAGGACAUUCGACUUAUUAUUGGCCUCUUGUCGAAGGCAAAGCCGCUGACCUUGGUGCGGCUGAAAGCUUUCGUGACGAGCAGGCCCGAGCUGCCAGUUCGACUCGGCUUCACCGAUAUCAAAGGAAAAUACCAGGACCUGGUCUUGCACGAGAUCCCAAAGCCAAUCAUCGAACACGAUAUAGCAGCAUUUCUACGAUUCAGAUUUGCAGAAAUUCGAGAUGACUAUAACGCUCUAUCCCCCAACGAGGGACAACUUCCACCAGAUUGGCCGGGGUUUGGAGUGGUCGACGCUUUGGUCCAGAUGGCCGUCCCUCUCUUUAUCUUUGCAGCCACCAUUUGUCGUUUCAUCCAAGAUCCGGCAUGGCGCGAUCCCGCUGGGCAACUGGCAAAAGUCUUGGAAUCUCAGUCAAGGACGCAGCAAUCCGAGGUCGACAAGCUAGAUGCGACUUACUGCCCGGUCCUUGACCACUUGCUUACGGGUUCACAAGUGACGAAGAGAUCCCUUGUCAAUGAGUUUCGUACAGUCGUAGGCUCGCUUGUACUCCUCGCCGAACCUCUCUCGAAACGAUCUUUGGCCCGUCUCCUUAGUGUUCCCGAGAACGUCGUGGUUCGCCGGCUCGAGCCACUUCAUUCUAUCCUUAACGUACCGACCUCCCCUGAGUCUCCCGUCAGGAUGUUCCACCUGUCUUUCCGCGACUUCCUCGUCAAUUCUGAUAAGACCGAUGAACAAGAGAAGUACCCGUUCUGGGUUGACGAACAAAAAACCCAUGAGCGUCUGGCAGUCCGGUGUCUAGAGCUGCUAUCGACAGAAGAUAGACUCAAGAAAGAUGUCUGUGGGCUCCGUCUGCCUGGGAUGCGCCGGUCAGAGAUUGACCAGAAGAGCAUUGACACCAAUCUGCCACCUGACGUCCAGUACGCCUGUCGGUAUUGGGUGUACCACUGGAAGGAGAGCAGGUGCCUGGUACGGGAUGGCGACCUCGUUCAUCGUUUUUUGGCCUGUCAUCUCCUGCACUGGCUCGAAGCGCUGGGUCUUCUAGGGUGGGUUUCGGAGAGUAUCGGUAUGGUGGACGAUUUGCUGGGCUUACUCGAUAAGGAAGCGGCAAGCUCUUAGCUUUCCUUUUUGAUACUAGGCGGGUUAUUCUAAGUCAUUGCUCUAUUAUUGAUAUAUCGCCUCUU